AUGGCUUUGCGUGGGCUCGAACCUAAUGCGUUCCUUGGGGCCAAGAUGGUUGCAAUGUAUGCAAGCUCAGAUGAUCUUGACUCAGCGGUUAAUAUCUUUCAUAGAGUAAAUAACCCAUCUACACUUUUGUAUAAUUCGAUUAUUCGGGCAUAUACUCUGUGUGGCUACUCUCAGAAAACGAUUGAAAUUUAUGGUCAAAUGCAUCGUUUAGGCCUUAAAGGUGAUAACUUUACGUACCCUUUUGUUCUUAAGUGUUGUGCUAACUUGUCGAGCAUUUGGUUAGGAAAAUGUGUUCAUAGUCUCAGCUUGAGAAUUGGGUUGGAGUCUGAUAUGUAUGUUGGGACUUCUUUGAUUGAUAUGUACGUGAAAUGUGGUGAAAUGAGCGAUGCUCGUAGUUUGUUCGAUAAAAUGACUGUGAGAGACGUUUCUUCUUGGAAUGCAUUGAUUGCGGGGUACAUGAAAGAUGGAGAGAUUUGUUCUGCUGAGGAUUUGUUUAGACGAAUGCCAUGCAAAAACAUUGUGUCUUGGACUGCUAUGAUAUCGGGAUACACUCAAAAUGGGCUUGCUGAGCAAGCAUUGGUUUUAUUUGAUGAGAUGUUGAGAAAAGAUUCAGAGGUUAAGCCCAACUGGGUGACUAUAAUGAGUGUUCUUCCUGCAUGUGCACAUUCAGCUGCCCUUGAGCGUGGGAGACAAAUUCACAAUUUUGCUAGCAGGAUUGGUUUGGACUCUAAUACUUCCAUACAGACAGCGCUCCUGGCAAUGUAUGCUAAAUGCGGGAGCCUUUCUGAUGCUCGUCAGUAUUUCAAAAGAGUACGUCAAACUGAAAAUAGUUUAGUUGCAUGGAAUACUAUGAUAACAGCUUAUGCCUCCCAUGGACGUGGAUCAGAAGCUGUGUCUACUUUUGAGGACAUGAUCGGAGCUGGGCUUCAACCUGAUAACAUAACAUUCACAGGAUUAUUAUCUGGAUGCAGCCAUUCGGGGCUCAUUGAUGUUGGCCUGAAAUACUUUAAUUGUAUGAAGACAAUAUACUCUAUCGAACCCAGAGUGGAACAUUAUGCUUGUGUUGUUGAUCUGUUGGGUCGUGCAGGGCGCUUGGGGGAAGCAAUAGAUCUUGUGAGUAAAAUGCCAAUGCAAGCAGGGCCAAGUAUUUGGGGUGCAUUGUUAUCGGCUUGUCGAAAGCACCACAAUUUGGAAAUUGCUGAAAUUGCAGCUAGAAAGCUAUUCAUCUUGGAACCAGACAACAGUGGCAACUAUGUCCUGCUAUCAAAUAUAUAUGCUGACGCUGGCAUGUGGAAGGAGGUGGACGAUUUGAGAGCGCUUUUAAAAUCUCAAGGCAUGAAGAAGAAUCCUGGAUGCAGUUGGAUAGAGGUCAAUGGGAAAGCCCAUCUGUUUCUUGGUGGAGAUACAUCUCACCCUCAAGCAAAGGAAAUUUAUGAGGUCUUAUUGGAAGAGUUACCGAAUAAGAUUAAGGCAGCCGGUUAUGUACCUGACACUAGCUUUGUUUUGCAUGAUGUUAGUGAGGAGGAGAAAGAACAUAACCUUACAACCCACAGUGAAAAGCUUGCCAUUGCCUUUGGACUUCUUAAUACUAGUCCUGGAGUAGUUCUUCGAGUGACGAAGAACCUUCGAAUCUGUGGAGAUUGUCACACGGCCACCAAAUUAAUAUCUAGAGUCUACGGACGGGAGAUCAUUGUCAGAGACUUGAAUCGGUUCCAUCAUUUUAGAGAUGGUUGCUGUUCCUGUGGAGAUUAUUGGUGA